AUUGCGUUAUGACAUAGACACAGACAUACAUAUGCUUGAGAAUGAUGGAUAUGUUUGGAUUUAACAAGAAUAGGUAAUCAAGCGUGUAUCCUCAUGAGGUUUUAUAACCAGCUGGAAGAAUUUUUGUUAGAAAUAAGAAUUUAUUAGAAUUUGCAUUGAGGGUUUAUAACUGAGAUAGUGGAACUGAAGUUCAGCGAAACCAAAGUGGAAACAGGCAUUAAGAGUGGGAGAAUGAAUGUUUUCGGAAGUGAUCAAAAGUAGAAACGAGUUAUUUUAAGUAGAUAUAACUGAAAGCCCUGUAUAUUGCCUUCGUCAGGAUAACUGAGGCAAAAUUAAUUAAAAAAUUAUCUUCAGUUCGUUGCAGGAAUUAGUAAAAAUUUGUUGUGAAGAAUUUCAAAAUAUUGGUAAGAGAAUUACAGUGUGAAAAGCAGCCUUAUGCAGAUGUAAAUUCGAUUUGUUUUUUGCUAAAUUUAUAACCAUGAAAUUUUUUAUAAAACCGAGACUGGCUAUGCAGGAGAUGUUGAAGAAUAAAUUUAGUUUGUUAAAAAGAAAUGGAUGUGUGGAAUCGGCACUCUGCUAUCAUUUCCAAAAAUACAGCAAUAUCCUGCGAUCAAGCCCAAGCAACGAGCAUUGGAUUAGAUAUUUUGAAAAUGGGUGGAAAUGCUGCAGAUGCUGCAGUUGCAACUUUUGCUGCUGUUUCUGUUAUUCAGCCAAUGUCAUGUGGCAUUGGAGGGGAUUGUCAGUGCCUUUUCUACAGGCGGUCUGAUAAAACAGUUUCGUCAUUAAAUGGCAGUGGAAGAACUGGAAAAAAUGCAACUUUGGAAAAAGUUAAGGCUCUUGGUGUCAUAGAUUCAAAUGAGAAAGAAUUUUCUCACCAUGGUCUUUGGGUAUCUGUUCCUGGUGCAGUAGCUGGAAUGUGUGAUGUCAUAAAAAAUUUUGGUUCUGGAAAGUUGACAAUGAGCCAAAUAUUAGGCCCUGCUAUUGCAUUAGCUCAAGAAGGAGCUCCAGUGCCAUAUAAAACUGCUAUUAUGUGGGAUAGAUACCAAGAAGUCUUCAGGAGCUCAAGGCAUGCAAAAGACGUGCUGCAGGGGGAUAAGCCACCUUUACCAGGUAGCUUGAUUUUUGCUCCCAAACUGGCAAGCUGUUUUAAGUCAAUUGCUGCAUUUGGUCCUAAAGAAUUUUAUGAAGGAAAUACAGCUUCAAAUAUUGUAAAUGAAGUACAGCAUUCUGGUGGAGUUUUAACUUUAGAAGAUAUGAAGAAACAUCUAGAUAUUUCUUCAUCUACUUAUCCUUCUGAUGCAGUUUACAUUAACUUUAAUGGGUUUAGAAUAUGGGAAAUGAAACCCAAUACUACUGGCAUUGUUGCAUUAGUUGCUCUCAAUGUAUUAAGGUUAUUUGAUUUAAAAGCUCUUGGUCACAAUUCUGCAGAAUAUAUACACAUUAUAGCAGAAGUUACGAAGUUUUCAUACUUAGAAUGUUGGGAUUAUUUAUGUGAUCCAGACUAUAGUACCAAAUCCCUUAAAACAUUAUUGUCUGAUGAUACUGCUAAAAAACUCAAAAACUGUAUCAGCACCCAAAGAGCUACUGGGUAUUCUAAGAUCCUAAGUGGUGGCAAUACUUCUUAUGUAGCAGUAGUAGAUGAAGAAGGCAAUGGCUGUUCUUUUAUAUAUAGUGUGUCUUCAAAUUUUGGUACAGGUAUAAUACCAAAAGAUUGUGGAUUUGUUCUCCAUGACCGUGCCAAGUGUUUGAGUUUGGAUGAAAGGAGCCCAAAUGUUUAUGGUCCCGAGAAACUUCCACUUCAUACAAUUAUUCCUGGUUUAGUUACAGAUGAUGCUACUAAUGAUUUAAUUGCUGUGUUCGGUGUUAUUGGCCGUUGGAUGCAACCACAAGGGCACGUGCAGGUGCUUAUAAACAUGAUAAUCUUUGGCAUGGAUCCUCAAAAUGCAUUGAACCAACCACGCUUUUUUGUAGGAGAGUCAAAGACAUUAUUGACAUACAAGAACACACUGAAUAUGUUGUACUUAGAAGAAGGUAUCAAUCCAUCUGUUAUUCCUGUUCUUCAAAAUUAUGGUCAUGAAGUCUGUGAUGAAUUUUAUUCUGGGCCUAAACGAGAAAUAUUUGGAAAGGGUCAUGUAAUUGCCCGCCCUGUUCUUUGGAUAAGAAAUUCUUCUUUAACAGAAAAUAUUUGGUGGACAGGAUCUGAUCCACGUUCAGAUGGCUGUGCUAUGGGUUACUAAACUUCAGUCAUGUUCUAACUUUAAAGAAUUUUAACUAAUGAUUAUUUUGUUAUAUAUUUCAUAGAAAUGUUUUUCUUUCUUUUUUUUUAAUUAAAUAUUUAUUCAGCUGAAUGAAGACGAAAAUUUAAAUAUAUGAUUGUUUUUUAAAUUUUUAAAUUAAAAACUAAAUAUUCUUAAUAAAAUUGUUUCUGAUGGCUUUUGGCUAUAAUUUGCUGUAAAUCGAAAUUACUUCUUUCAGUGCAAAGCUUUUUUAAAGCUACCAUUUAUUUUUGUUUAUAUCAAUAUAUUUUUGACAUACAUAUGUUUUUGUUUUAAUGUAUGCAAAAUUAUUAUUUUAAAAAAUGUCUAAUGGUAAUUCAGUUUUUCUUAUAUAUAUAUAUUUUGUCUAGAAAAAGUAAAUCUUUUAAGCUACACCAUCUUGAAACCACACUAUUGCCAAGCAUUAACUGUAUUAUAUCUUUUGUACGAGUUUGUGUAAAUUUAUCUUACUCUACUUAUGACAUGAAGGCAUAUUUUAAAUUAUUACAUUUGUAAUAAAAAUGAUCUGUUUGAUUGUUUAACUCACUAAUCAUGUUUAAAUAAAAUAUACUUUUUUAUUGGCUUAAAUGAUUUUAAAUUUAAAGAAAUUAUUAUUUCAAAUUAAUUUUCAAAACUUUGAUUUGAGUGUAUUGUAUAGGAAGUUAAUAAGAGAGAAUUAUUAUAUUUAUCAGCCAAUUUUAGGUGAUACUAUUAACUUGCAUCUCUUCUUUGAAUAUCACAAGCAACUCUUGAUCUUGCAUCUCCUGUUUGAUAUCAAAUUAAUAGUAUCAUUUGUUAUACAUCAUCUGUGUUUUGAUAAAAUGUUGUUUAAUAUUUAAACCAUGCUUUAUUAUACAAAUAUAGUUUUUAUAAAAAUAAUAUUUUUGAAAAAUGGGCUAGAUCCACUUUAUGAAUUGUAAUGAGAUAUAUUCUUCAAGUGGUUCAUAAUUUAUAUAAAAAAUUUUGUAUUUUUGCUGAGUAUACUAGGUUUUAAGUAUUUUACAGUAGAUUGACAUAUUCCUGUAUUGUGUACCUAAAGUAAAAAUUAAUAUUGGAUGUUUCUAUACUAGAGAAAUGAUGUGUGAGAAUAUUUAUGUUAAACUGAAAAUAAGUAACAUAUAUUUUGUCAAAUAUUAUUUUUUUUAUUUUAUUUUUUACUUAUAAAAUUUAAAUUUCAAUUUUGUAUCCUGUACUUGUAAU